AUGACAAGAGAACUGCAUCCAAAGGAGAAGCACUACCUUUGUCAGAAGAAGAAUGUGAAAAAAAUGGUACUUUGGAAGCCUUUCUCCUCUUUCACUUUUCUCUUCCAUGUCUGUCAUCAAUUAUGGGACUUUGUGCUCUCAGACUGUUUGGCCAACCAAAUGGCUAAACUGGUGGAAGAAGUCAAGCCUGUGUCUGUCACAAUUGGAGAGAAACACUAUGUGAGAAUCCUGGGUGAACCAUUCAGUAUCACCUGUGAGCUAAGUUACCGUCUCAACAAAUAUGAUUGCAACUGGAGUUAUCCUCCUUCACCAAAUGUCUACGUGAAUGAAACCUACGGGGUUAGUUAUCAACAAUACACUACAUCACUGAAUCUGUACAUUCCAAAGGUGCAGUUAAGUAAUGCAGGGAAAUAUAUUUGCUUUGGAAAUUCUUCCAAAGGAUCCAGUAAUACUUCUACCAUUCUUCAGGUUACAGAGAGAGGCUUUGUUCAUUUGUCCACCCUACAGAACACAAGCCAGGAGGUGAGUUUGACUGAAAGCCUUGACCUGCAGGUGCUCAUUGAUGCUUACCAUGGAGUUCAUAACUGGACGUGGACAUAUAUGAACCCAUCAAGUGGCUCCCAAAAUGUCACACUAAACAGCUGGAUGAGUUCUAAUCACGCCAGCAAUACACUCACACUGAGAAGGAUGGGGGAAACAAUGAGUGGAAUGUACACGUUUUUUGCCGAGAAUGGUGAUGCCAAUGCCUCAGUCACUUUCAACGUCACUGUGAAAGUUCCACCUGAGGCCUACGUGGUGAACAAUAAUUCCACCAGCCUUUGGUGUGAAGCUGCUGGUUACCCAGCUCCACGUAUUGAGUGGUAUAAAUUGCCUCACCAUAUCUCUGCACCCCGAUGUAAUCAAGAUGGAGAGCUGCUUAAGAAGGACCCCAGUCCACAGAUCGUGCAUGAAAUUCCCUUUGGAAAAGUGUCAGUGAAGAGUAUCCUUUUAGUUGAAGAGAUCAAAGAUAAUAUCACAUUUUGCUGCCUAGCAAUUAACAGCGAGGGAAAUGAUCCCAACUUCUACAAACCUCCAAGUAAAGUAUUCCAGGUGGCCCACACAGAUCUCUCCAAGACACUGAUUGGCAGCUUUGUGGGAAUAACGAUUUUGCUUCUUCUGUGUAUCAUCUUCUUAUUCUACAAAUGUACAAAGAAACCAAAGUAUGAAGUCCGCUGGAAGAUCAUUGAGUCCUCCAAAGGAAACAAUUAUAUCUUUAUUGAUCCCACCCAGCUCCCAUACAACGAGAAAUGGGAGUUUCCCAGGAACAACUUGCAGUUUGGGAAGACCCUUGGAGCUGGAGCUUUUGGAGAGGUGGUUGAAGCAACUGCAUUUGGCCUUGGGAAAGAAGAUUCAGUCCUGAAGGUGGCUGUGAAAAUGCUGAAAUCAACAGCACAUGCUGAUGAACAGGAAGCCCUCAUGUCAGAGCUGAAGAUCAUGAGCCAUUUGGGGCCCCAUGAGAAUAUCGUCAACCUGCUGGGCGCAUGUACCCAUGGAGGCCCCAUCUUUGUCAUCACUGAGUAUUGUCCACAUGGGGACCUGCUGAAUUUCCUGCGAAAAGCAGCGGAGAGUCUCAUAAUUCAGGAUUUGACCUUGGAGUCAUCUUUUGAUAGCACAGUGGCUGACUAUAAGAAUAUGUACAUUGGGAAGAAAUAUGUCCGAAGUGAUAGUGGAUUUGGAAGUCAGUGUAUAGGAGACAACUAUCUAGAAAUGAGACCUGUGGCAAUAUCAGUCUCCAUGCCAGCAAAAGGACACAGUUCAGAUUCAGAAGAGGAAAAGGAGAACAAACCAACUCUUGGCCUGCGUGACUUGCUACAGUUCUCCAGCCAAGUGGCCCAGGGGAUGGCCUUUCUUGCUGCAAAAAAUUGUAUCCACCGAGAUUUGGCUGCAAGGAAUGUGCUAGUGGCUGAUGGACAAGUGGCAAAGAUCUGUGACUUUGGCCUGGCUAGAGACAUUAUGAAUGAUACAAAUUACGUCGUCAAAGGCAAUGCUCGCCUGCCAGUGAAGUGGAUGGCACCAGAGAGUAUCUUUGAGUGUGUUUACACAGUACAGAGUGAUGUAUGGUCGUAUGGCAUCCUUCUCUGGGAGAUAUUUUCUCUAGGCAAGAGCCCCUAUCCUGGCAUGAAAGUGGACAGCAAGUUUUACAGCCUGGUGAAACGGGGAUACCACAUGGCCAGGCCUGAUUUUGCUUCAGAUGAUACGUACAAUAUCAUGAAGGCCUGCUGGAGCUUGGAGCCUACUCAAAGGCCAACCUUCACUGAGAUUUGCACUGCCAUUCAAAAGCAGCUAGAUACCACCAAAGAACAGGACUAUACAAACUUGCCAAGAAACACAGAAAAUGACAGCGCUUGUGAACCAGCCAGUCUCUGUGAAGAAUCCUGUGAAGCCGGAGAAAGCCGGCAGCCCCUUCUGAACAGCAACAAUUACCAGUUCUGUUAAGAGGCUGUUGUUCACCAGCUUCAUGCCUGCUUGAGCACUCUGUUCCAACUGGGGGACAGGCCCUCCACAGCCAUCCCUCUGGGGGAUUCUCCUGUCUAGAAGCCAGAUACUUUCAUUCAGAAGUCCCACCCUGGGGUUCUAACGUGCAUUGGCAACAGACUCCAAGUCAUUAAUUUCCCCUCCCCCCCGUCCUUAACAUCUGGCAGGUUAGCUUCACUCUUGCAUUUAAUUUAGCUUGAAAUAAGAAGCUUGGCUAGGAUCAUCCUGUCAAGAGGGCAUGUGUAACCAUGCUUGCAAGAGUGGGAAUGGAGCUCAAAACUUUAAAAUCAAACAUUCCACAUUUCAAAUGCACAUCACUGGCCCUCAGUUUGUAAGGUCUAAGAGAUCAGAUGAACUCCUUCCCCCAUCUUUAGAGAACUCUUUCUUCGGCACAAACUAAUAGCCAGAAGUUGAUAACAUCUCCUGCUGCAAAGAAUCAACAACCUAUCUGCUUUACAUCUCAGACAGGAUUCUGCAGGGGGACAAAGAGAACAGAAAGAAUCGUGGUCAUUCAGCAUUCCACAAUAACUUCCUAGAGGAAAGAUUAGCACAGACAGAACAAGAAAUAGUGCUUCAUCUAACUCUGUGCAGACUAAGAACCUCAUACCACAAGUGUCUCUCAUUUAGGAUUACCAUCCACAAUGAGUUAACCAAGUACACAAAAAAUGCAUGCUUGUAACUAUAACCUUCUGUGAUGCAAUCAAUUAAGAUUUACAUAUAAGCGCACUUAUGAUUUGACUAAUUACUGAUUUUGUAAGAACUAAGCCAAUUGAUAGUAGACGGGAACUAAGGAAUAACUCUAUUUUAUCAUUUGCUUAAUCGUUUGCAGUAGUUCAGUUAACUGAACAUCUAUAAUCUAGGAGUAACUGCAAACCAACAUUAUAGUGGAUUGCUUACUAAAUCAUUAUUAUAGUAUUUAGAAAUUGAUUUAUAAACAUUUGCCAAACUAGUACUUUAAGUUAAUGAAAAGAAUAAUAAAGGGAAGCCCAAUCCAGUCUGUUUUACCAUCUCAAAUAUAAAGGAUGAAAAUCCAAAGAAUCUAUGAGUUGGUACAUCACUGGAUUGAGCUAAGAGCUGCCCUUUAUUCCUGGCAGCUAAAUGUGUAAACUGACUCGGGUUUCAUGUGAUAUGACGAAAUUUAAAGCUCUCUCUAGUGCAUCACUUUGUGACUGCGUCAUCAAAUGAUUACCCAUAGUGGAUCCAAUUAAGGUGAUGACUGGAUGGUGUAAACAGAAUUUUAACACUCAAAUUCAUAAGGGCUUGAUGCACCACAAAUGCUGUACAUUAUCCCUCCCCCCGGACACAUUUUUGUUUGAGGAUAAGAGGGCAUUCUGGAACAUCUGGGUACUCUACUACCCCUCAUCCAUGAAGGCAGGAAGCAGGGCAGAUCAUUCUGUCUCCAGAUGGAUGGGAAUACCCCCCUCUUGUUUUUCUUUCUGACUCCCCUGUGAGAGUAUGCAAGGAAGGAGCUCUGUGGACUUUUCUUCUAUACCCCACAGGCUGUUUUUCUAGCGUGCCUCUCUUUCUUUAUUGUCACCUAACUUCACCUAUAACAAAGUAUGACUGCUGUGCUAGUUUUUGGACACACCACUGACAGAAGUUCAACAGUGGCCAUACCUCACGAUCCUUAGCCAGGGGCUGCUGAAACUGCCUUUCAGGCUCACUGGAGAUACUCCUGGAAGAAGCACAGUAGUGAGCCAGGGUAAUCUCUGGGGGCUGCUUAUGGCAGUGUUUGUGGGGCCGGAGGAUGGAGGAUCAGGACCUACACUGCAGAGGCACACAGCAUUGUGAUCAAGUGAAAUUUUAAAAUGUGACUGAAAAUGCUGAAGGUAGCAUAACUGUUGAGGCAGAUCGCCUCAGAGCAGGAAAGACUCCAGGCAUCUGCUCCAGGUGGACAGGGCUGGUCAUCUAGCUCUUGGAAUAUUAUGAAAUUAAGCUAAAUUUUGUAUAUAUGCAAUAAUGUAAUUGUUGGAAUGCAUUAAGCUCCAGAACUCACAACGAUGGCAGCAAGGCAGACAACUCUGCUAAUUGUUCAUGAUUUCUCCUGCGCUAUUUUCAUUCAAGAAAAAUCAGUACAAGGUAAGAGCUGUGCUGAUGUGGAACAUUUAACUUUUUUUCCCUGGGGGAAUGCGCUGGAACAGAGUUCUGGAACCUCUU